AUGAGGACCCUCACCCUCCUCUCUGCCAUUCUCCUGGUGGCCCUCCAGACCUGGACAGAGCCGCUCCAGGCAAGAACUGAUGAGAUGCCAGCCCAGGAGCAGCCUCCAGCAGGCGACCAGGAUGUGCUCAUUUACUUUUCAGGAGAUGAGAGCUCCUCUCUUCAGGUUCCAGCCUCAACGAAGGGCUUGAUCUGCCAUUGCAGAGUACUCUACUGCCUUUUUGGAGAACAUCUUGGUGGGACCUGCUUCAUCCAUGGUGAACGCUACCCAAUCUGCUGCUACUAA